CGGAUAAACGAAUUUAAGUUGUUGCAGAGACGCGAUCUUUUGUGUUAAAAUAGCGCUGGAUCACGAUGGGGAGACAAAGGCGAUCUAAAUCACAGAGCUACGUUUGGUUUAUCUUUCAUUUUUUAUUAUUGCUGAUCUAUGGAAAGCAGGCUUUGGCUGAAUUGAGGUACUCUAUACCAGAGGAGAUGAAAGAAGGAACCCUUGUUGGAAAUGUUGCAAAGGAUCUUGGUUUGGACAAAGCAUCGUUAGUCGAUCGACGUUUCCGUGUUGUUUCUGGAUCUAAGGACGCUUUUUUCGAGGUUAACCCGGACAAUGGAGCCUUACAGAUCAGUAAGAAAAUCGACAGAGAGGAGCUGUGUCACGGACAUGGUCCAUGCGUGAUGGAACUAAAAAUCCUUGUCGAAAAUCCGUUAGAAAUGCACCAUAUUGUUGUUGAAGUUACUGACGUUAAUGACCAUUCUCCUAGUUUUCCUGAAAAUAAACAAACAUUUGAAAUAGCAGAACAUUCAUCCCCGGGAAUUCGAUUCCAGCUACACGCUGCUCGUGAUCCCGAUGCUGGGAGUAACUCUAUUCGUACAUAUACUUUAACACAAAACGAUCACUUCGAAAUAGAAAUAAGUCAAAGCGAUGAGGAAAAAAUGCCAUUUUUAGUACUGAAGAAAUCUUUAGACAGAGAACAAAAGAAAGAACACUUGCUAAUUGUAACAGCUGUUGAUGGAGGUAAACCUCAAAGAUCAGGAACUUCAAAUGUUUCUAUCAUUGUUCUAGAUAGUAAUGAUAACCGUCCAAUAUUCAGUCAGGAUACUUAUCAAUUAGAAAUAAAUGAAAAUACACCUGUUGGCACUACUGUAACAAGAGUGAAUGCAAUUGAUCCAGAUGAAGGGGCCAAUGGGGAAAUAGAGUACAGACUCAGUAAAACAUUAGCACGAAAAGCUUACGAGAUCUUUGAACUGGACGGUGCAAGUGGACAAUUAAAAUUAAAAGGAGAGUUGGAUUUUGAGGAAACAGAGAAUUAUAAACUGGAUGUUGAGGCGUCGGACAAAGGAACACCUCCAUUAAUUGGAAGAUGUAGAGUCAUUAUUAAAAUAAAAGACAUCAAUGAUAAUCCACCUGAAAUAGAAGUCACAUCACUGUCAAAUACAGUGUCUGAAGAUUCAAAACCUGGAACAGUUAUUUCUCUUCUGAGUGUGACGGAUAAAGACUCCGGAGUCAAUGGAAAAAUAAUUUCAAAGAUAAACAACGACGUACCUUUUGACUUAAAACCUUCUUAUAAGGAGAACAUAUAUUCAGUUGUCACCAAGGGACUCCUAGAUCGAGAGCAGGUGUCAUAUUUUGAAAUAACAAUAAAAGCCACUGAUUGUGGUGACCCUCCCUUAUCUUCUUUUAAAACUCUCAGUAUUCAGAUAUCAGAUGUGAAUGACAACAGUCCGAUUUUUCAACUAAACCCUUUACAGUUUUAUCUGGUAGAAAAUAACGUCGCUGGAGCUUCAAUAUUCUCUGUGAGCGCAACAGAUUUAGACAUAAAUGAAAAUGCAGCUAUUUCAUAUCAUAUUGUGAGAGAGGGAAGUCAAAAUGGUAUGACAUCAUUUAUUAAUGUAAACUCUGAAAACGGACACAUAACCGCGCUGAAAAGUUUCGACUUUGAAACAGUGAAAACGUUCCAGUUCCAAGUUGUGGCCACAGAUUCUGGAACUCCGUCACUAAGCAGCAACGUCACAGUGAACGUGUUCAUUCUGGAUCAGAACGACAACGCUCCAGUCAUCCUGUAUCCAGUCAGCUCCAACGGUUCUGCUGAAGGUGUGGAGGAGAUUCCCCGCAAUGUGAACGCAGCACACUUGGUGACUAAAGUCAGAGCCUAUGACGCUGAUAUAGGAUAUAACGGCUGGUUACUGUUUUCACUGCAGGAAGUGACUGAGCACAGUCUCUUUGCUUUGGACCGCUAUACAGGACAGAUCAGAACACUUCGCUCAUUCACAGAGACAGACGAGGCGGAGCAGAAACUGGUCAUACUGGUCAAAGACAAUGGAAACGUUUCCCUCUCUGCAACAGCUACUGUCAUUGUCAAAGUUGUGGAGCCCAAAGAGGCUUUUGCUGCUUCUGAUGUUAAAAGUGCAACAAACGAUGAUGAGGAGAGUAAUGUCACUUUUUAUCUCAUGAUAACUUUGGCCUCAGUUUCAGCACUUUUUCUCAUCAGCAUCAUCGUGCUCAUUGCAAUGCAGUGCUCCAAAUCCACAGACUACACUUCUAAAUAUCUACAAGAGACUAAUUAUGACGGGACACUGUGUCACAGCAUCCAGUACAGAUCUGGAGACAAACGCUACAUGUUAGUGGGACCCAGAAUGAGUAUAGGAUCUACUAUAGUCCCGGGCAGCCAUGCCAACACACUAGUGCUCCCUGACAGGAGGAGGACUUCUACUGAGGCUUUGAGGGCAUAG